GACAACAAAUCCUAAUCGUGACGAACUUCAAAGGUACAGACAUGCACAGUACCUAAGCAAGCUUCCAAAAAGGCAGAGCGGAAAAUGACCUCAAAACCGUUUGAUCUCACAAUAAAAUCAGAACCCAAAUAAGCCCACAAUCCGCCAUAUCGUUUUAGAUCUUCUCUUUCCUGUUGUUUUGCUUGUUUCGUAGUUCCAACUACUUCAAAACAACAACAACCUCUUCUGAUUCCUGUUUCCGUCUGUCACUUCCCUUUCUAGUUUUGCUUCACCAUCAUGUAUCAUACAUUUCCCCGUCCAAUUUAAGAUUAGAGGUUGGGAGCUAUGUCGGUAGCAACCAUUGAGAGCAUGGCAUCCUUGAGUAGUGAUCUUUUCUACGACAUAUUGAGGCGUCUUGAUGGCCCAACUUUGGCCACUGCAGCAUGUGCAUGUGCGACAUUUUGUUCAAUCUCAAGAGAGGAGAGACUAUGGGAAAAUGUUUGUUCUACUAUGUGGCGUUCAACGAACAGAGAAGAUGUUAAAAGUUUGAUUUCUUCGAUUGGUGGAUUCAGAAAGUUCUACGCAGAUUGUUUCCCACUUAUUGUUAAUAAGGAAGUAACAGAGUAUCAGUGGAAUGACUAUCUUGAGUACCCUGAAGAAUGGACUGAAGCUGAAUAUUAUGGUGACACCGAUGGGGUUGAAAGUAUUUCACCAUUAGAUUUUGUUUCUAUUGUAGAUAUCAGGUAUAAAGAUAAAACAAUCUGUUCAAAAGUCCUAUGGGGUAUUCCUAAUGCAAAUGGAUCCAAUAGUUGGUUUUACAACUGCCCAUUUCGGAUUGAUCUUCUUACAUAUGCUGCUAGAGAUGAUGAUAAUGAAGGUGAGGUUACCCUUUCAGUUUCUGAUGGUCUGCCACCAAUUAUUUCUAUGGAAAAGGAACGGAAAGAUGGGAAACUGUGGAAGGAGCUCCGAGAUGGCCUCCGCCUUAGUUGGAUUGUUGUAAACAGAAAAGUUAAGCAAGCUGCUAAUCUUGCCAGUUGGAGCCCUCUUGGUGGACAGAGGCAUUGGCCCACAGACAAGGAUUUUGUGAUAAGGUUUGGGUCUGUUCUUCCUGCCAAAGACGUCCUUCCAUGUCAAGUAGUAGAGUGCAUUCUUAUCAUGAAGUUCAGAGUCAUCCACACAGAGGGCGAAGGUAUAGAGACAACUCUCAAAUUGACAGAGCUGAGCAUGCAGUUGGAAGAUAUGGAAGGUGCACAUGUUAAUGGAAGAAACAGUUUGCUUAUUCUGAAGGAAGCUCUGAGCUGCCACCGCAGCAAAAAUUACAGUGAAGUUCUUGAGUCCUGUCAUUUGUACUCUAAAGUACAGAGUGAGUUAAAAGAGGAGAAAAUGAGGAAUGAAAGCAGGUUAGACAGACUUUGUAUCUUAAGCGGCAUUGCUGUGUUCAUCACUUUUUGGUAUUACAUUUUGUAAAUGUAGGUGCUGCUUUCAUUUAACACUUUUACCAAAGAUGUUUUAACAAACUCUCAACCCUUUUCUUCUGAUGUAAAGAUUCAAUUUUGCUUCAAGUAAUAAAAAGGUUUCUAUCUUUCUAAUC